ACUCAAAAUCUUUUUGUGUCCCGCAAGUCUGUUCUGACAUGCUAAGCGUAAUCUCCACCGUUACUUUAGCUUCAGGCACCUCCUGACUUUUACGGACCGGAAGAGUCAUCUCAUCAAAAUAGCUCGGUGGGCACUUCCGGAAGUGAUACAUCGGGUUCCGGGAGAGUGCUGGCGGGAGAGGAGAACGGCAGCGAUUGACGCGGCAGGUAGAGGAUGAAGAAAAGCCUUACCAUCAAGAGUGUCAUUCUCCCACUUCCUCAGAAUGUGAAAGACUAUUUACUGGACGAUGGGACUCUGGUGGUUUCAGGAAGGGAAGAUCCACCAACAAGUUCCCAGCCAGACAGUGAUAAUGAAGCAGAAGAAACACAGUGGUCUGAUGAUGAGAGCACAGCCACACUUACGGCACCAGAGUUUCCUGAGUUCACCACUCAAGUCCAGGAAGCUAUCAAUUCGCUCGGGGGUAGUGUCUUCCCUAAGCUUAAUUGGAGUGCCCCAAGGGAUGCAUACUGGAUAGCAAUGAAUAGUUCUUUGAAAUGUAAAACCCUCAGUGACAUCUUCCUGCUUUUCAAGAGUUCUGAUUUCAUCACUCGUGACUUCACACAGCCAUUCAUCCAUUGUACUGAUGAUUCUCCAGAUCCUUCUAUAGAAUACGAGCUUGUCCUCCGAAAAUGGUGUGAAUUAAUUCCUGGGGCUGAAUUCCGAUGUUUUGUCAAGGAAAACAAGCUUAUUGGUAUUUCUCAGCGGGACUACACGCAAUACUAUGAUCAUAUUUCUAAACAAAAAGAAGAAAUUUGCAGAUGCAUUCAAGACUUUUUCAAGGAACACAUCCAGUAUAAGUUCUUAGAUGAAGACUUUGUGUUCGAUAUAUACAGAGACAGUAGGGGGAAGGUGUGGCUGAUUGACUUUAAUCCAUUUGGGGAAGUCACAGACUCACUGUUGUUUACUUGGGAAGACCUGACAUCUGAGAACAACCUAAGAGGUGACUUCGGUGAAGGGGCUUCUCAGGGGCAGGAUUCUCCAGCUUUCCGAUGCACAAACAGUGAGGUCACAGUGCAGCCCAGCCCCUAUCUGAGCUACCGACUGCCCAAGGACUUCGUGGAUCUCUCCACCGGGGAAGACGUUCACAAGCUCAUAGAUUUUCUUAAGCUGAAAAGAAAUCAGCAAGAGGAUGACUGAAUGCUGCUUUGAGAAUAAGUAGAAGGGAGAACACAGCUACUCCAGUGAUCCAGACUAGAUGGGGUGGACAGUAUGCAAAAUCAUCAGUUUUUAUAUUCAUGUAUAUUCACUUGGGAAAAGAUGGAAGGACUUUGGUACUUGUAAAAAGAAUAAAUAGAUCUUAAACAUAA